CGGCACGAAGGCUCCAUGGUCGGACGUCUGGGCUGUUCGGAGGCCCCGGCCCACCUGGAGGGCCCUGGAAGUUUCCGGCGCUUCCCGAGUUCCGCUCCCUCGGAUCAGCGGCGUGAAGCGGGGCGGAGUCUGAGGUCCGAGCCAAGAUGGCGGCUGCGAAGCCAACCCUCACGGACUCGCUCUCGUUCUGCCUCGCGCAGCUCGCGGCGGCGGCCGGGGAGGGUCUGGGUGGGGAAAAGGACCCAGCGACCAACGAGACACCCCUGAGCCGCGCGCUUCUAGCCCUCCGCACGCGCCACAUCAAGGCAGCGGGGGGAAUCGAGCGCUUCCGGGCACGCGGCGGGCUCCGCCCCCUACUCGCGCUGCUACGGCGAGCGGCUGCAGCGGGUUCCGCCCCGUCCCAGGCAGGCGCCGGCUCCGCCCCCUCGUCGGCUGCGUCGGCAUCUUCUAGCCCCGCCCCCGCGUCGGGCCCCGCCCCCUCCGCUGCGUCGUCGUCUAUGCCUACGGCGCCAGUGCGCCUGCGCAAGACGCUGGACUUGGCGCUCAGCAUCCUAGCCGAUUGCUGUACGGAAGGGGCGUGCCGGUCCGAAGUGCGCAGACUCGGAGGCAUACUCCCUUUGGUGACCAUUCUUCAGUGCAUGAAGACAGACAGCAUCCAGAACCGAACGGCCCGUGCCCUGGGGAACUUAGCCAUGGAACCUGAGAGCUGUGGGGACAUCCACUGUGCUGGUGCUGUUCCCCUGCUUGUGGAGAGCCUGGCAGCCUGCCAGGACUCGCAGUGCCUGCAGAGCGUGGUGCGUGCCCUCCGUAACCUGGCAGACUCACCCCAGCACCGCCUGGCCCUGGCACAGCAGGGAGCAGUGCGCCCACUGGCCGAGCUCCUGGCCACUGCCCCAGAUGCUGCACUGACCUUAGCCCUCGUCCGUGCCCUCCUGGAACUCAGCCGAGGCUGCUCCCGGGCCUGUGCUGAGCAGCUAAGUUUGGGUGGGGGAUUGGGCCCACUCGUCAGCCUGGCUUCCCACCCCAAGCGGGCAGUACGUGAGGGAACCAUUCUGAUCCUCGCCAACCUGUGUGCCCAGGGCCUGAUUCGGCCUGCACUGGGCAAUGCUGGUGGCGUGGAGGUGCUGGUAGAUGAGCUCCGGCAGCGCCGGGGUCCUAAUGGAGCUAGCCCAACCUCCCAGCAGCCCCUGGUGCGGGCUGUGUGCCUCCUGUGUCGUGAGGCCAUCAACCGGGCCCGACUGCGGGAUGCUGGUGGCUUGGAUCUACUGAUGGGCCUGCUGCGGGACCCUCGUGCAAGUGCAUGGCACCCUCGUAUUGUGGCUGCCCUUGUGGGGUUUCUGUAUGACACUGGGGCCCUGGGCCGGCUGCAGGCUCUGGGACUUGUGCCUCUCCUGGCUGGGCAGCUGUGUGGUGAGGCUGGUGAGGAGGAAGAAGAGGGAAGAGAAGCUGCUUCCUGGGACUUCCCUGAGGAGAGGACCCCUGAGCGGGCACAGGGUGGAAGCUUCCGGAGCCUCAGGUCGUGGCUGAUCUCCGAGGGCUAUGCCACGGGCCCUGAUGACAUCUCCCCUGACUGGUCUCCUGAGCAGUGUCCUCCGCCGGAGCCCAUGGAGCUGGCCAGCCCCGCCCCCACCCCGACCUCGCUGCGGUCACCACGCACCCAACGCACUCCGGGCCGCAGCCCCGCCGCCGCCAUCGAGGAGCCUUGGGGACGCGAAGGGCCAGCCCUGCUGCUUCUAUCGCGCUUUUCCCAGGCCCCUGACCCAAGUGGGGCACUUGUGACCGGUCCGGCCCUGUACGGCCUGCUGACCUACGUGACCGGCGCACCGGGCCCGCCCAGCCCACGUGCACUGCGCAUCCUGUCACGCCUCACUUGCAACCCUGCCUGCCUCGAGGCCUUCGUGCGCAGCUAUGGCGCAGCGCUGCUGCGGGCCUGGCUGGUGCUCGGGGUGGCGCCCGACGAUUGGCCGGCACCACGUGCCCGGCCCACUCUCCACAGCCGGCACCGAGAGCUGGGGGAGAGGCUACUGCAGAACCUGACGGUUCAGGCCGAGUCGCCCUUCGGGGUUGGGGCCCUCACGCACCUGCUGCUCUCUGGGAGCCCUGAGGACCGAGUGGCCUGUGCGCUGACCCUGCCCUUCAUCUGCCGGAAGCCCUCUCUGUGGCGCCGGCUGCUCCUGGAGCAGGGUGGCCUUCGGCUCCUCCUUGCAGCACUGACCCGGCCGGCCCCACACCCGCUUUUCCUCUUCUUUGCCGCGGACUCCCUUUCCUGCCUCCAAGACCUGGUGUCUCCCACUGUGAGCCCAGCUGUCCCACAGGCAGUCCCCAUGGACCUAGACUCACCCUCCCCUUGCCUCUAUGAACCUCUGCUUGGCCCAGCCCCUGUCCCAGCUCCUGACCUGCACUUCUUGCUGGACUCAGGCCUCCAGCUCCCUGCCCAGCGAGCGGCCUCAGCCACCGCCUCCCCUUUCUUCCGGGCCCUGCUGUCAGGCAGCUUUGCAGAAGCCCAGAUGGACCUGGUACCCCUGCGAGGCCUGUCGCCUGGCGCAGCCUGGCCUGUCCUGCAUCAUUUGCAUGGUUGUCGGGGCUGUGGGGCUGCCCUGGGGCCCGUGCCCCCGCCAGGCCAGCCCCUGCUGGGCUCAGAGGCCGAGGAGGCACUGGAGGCCGCUGGCCGUUUCCUACUGCCUGGGCUGGAGGAGGAGCUGGAAGAGGCCGUGGGCCGCAUCCACCUGGGACCCCAGGGCGGCCCGGAGUCAGUGGGUGAGGUGUUCCGCUUGGGCCGGCCCCGGCUGGCUGCCCACUGUGCCCGCUGGACACUGGGGCCAGAGCAGUGCCCGAGGAAGCGGGGUCUGGCCCUGGUGGGGCUUGUGGAGGCAGCAGGUGAAGAGGCAGGGCCCCUGACGGAGGCUUUGCUGGCCGUGGUGAUGGGGAUUGAGUUGGGGGCAAGGGUCCCUGCGUAGACUGUUGAUGUCCCCUGGCAAGGGGACCCAAGGAUGAAUUGGUUGUGAAGGAGCCUCCCUGAGACUGGUAAGGGAGGAGGCUGAGCAGAAGGAGUCGUCAUGGAGGAGCAGUGAGAACAUGGAACCAGACCCCAAGAUGACGAUCUGAAGACCUGGGAGCGAGAAGCCAAGGUCAGGGUCUGGGCGUAGGGCCCAGAGAAGCAGAACAGCCCAGAGCCCCAGGUUCCUGGCCUGGCCCAGACCUCUGGAAUUGAGAUUAAACACUUUGGAGUUGGAUA